AUGGCAACCGUAGCUGCCUCCUCCUUCCAGACGAACGGCGUGUCGCCAACAGCGACCACCAACGGCGGCUCUGUGCUGCCGCCAUCAUCGUCACAGUCACAGCAGCCAGACCGGGCCCAGACGCCAUCACAGUCCAUGGUGGUCCAGCCGUCACAGAGCCAGGCACCGGCCUCGCAGACAUCCGCAUCACAGUCGUUUCAGGCAGCAGCCGCCGCUGCUGCAGCCGCUCAACAGCAACAGCAACAGCAACAACAACAACAACAACAACAGCCGUCGGUGAAGCCGCGUGACGUCCGCACGAUGGAGCUGCUGCUGACGGCCCAGGGUGUCACCUCGUACGAGACACGCGUGCCGCAGCUGCUGCUCGACUUUGCCUACCGCCACACGUCGGCCAUCCUGUCGGAUGCCCUGCAUCUCAGCGCUGACCCCUACACGACACACGCCGGAGCCCGGCCCAGUGCCAAUAGUGGCGCCACCGCUUCCGUGCCGCCGGCUGGCGACGCUGCCGUUAGUGCCAACGCCGUCCAGCUCGCUAUCGCCAGCCGCCUCGCCUUUCAGUUUCGUGGCGGCCCCGGUGGUCCGGCUGCUGGCGGUGGACCCUCCAAGGAAUGGCUGCUCGAGCUCGCCCGUGAGCGCAAUCGCGUCGCCCUGCCACGUGUUGGCGCCGUCGAAUGGGGCGCCCGUCUGCCCAGUGAACGCUUCGUCCUCUCGGGCGUCGCCUGGGGCCUCCGGGACGCCUGGGCUGCCGGCGCUGCUGAUGCUGAAGACGAGAACGACGAGGACGAUGAGGAAGAACUGGGACCGGGCGACCACGACCACGUCUUGCUCGGCACCAGAGGCGACGACACAGAAGACGGCACCCAUGGCGCUGCUGCUAGCAAGAAGCGGCCAAACGGCGACGGAGACGUUACCAUGGGCGAUGCCGAUGGCGCAGAUGACGAUGACGUCGGUGGCGACGGCGUCGAGGGUGGCACCAUUGGCGAUGUAUUUGCCGAUGACGGCAUGAUGGAAGACGAGGACAUGGGGAUGGAGUAG